AACAGAACAAUAAGACAGCUGGCUGACAUCAUGUUUAAGCUUGCUUAUGUAAAUCACCUAGUGGGAGUUAUUUGUAUCUACAGAGGAGUUGCCUUAGUCAGUAGCACAAUCCCCUCAGCCAGGCUUCUCUACACAGACACAGCGUGAAAGAUGGCUGCUCUACUACUGUUGUUCUUAGUUAGUGUUGGAGUCAUGCUGUCUUCUACAGAGGCACAGAAGGCUUACAAUAAACUACCAGAAAACUACAGAAAAGGAGUGGAUUUGGCCCUACAACAACUCAACUCUCACUCGGCAGUCCAACAACAUUUCCUCUUCUUCGAGAGUAUCCAGAAGUCUGACAUAGAGUCUGGAUUUAAUGUGCAAUACAUCUACCACAAUUUCUACCUCAAAUCCACCGAGUGUGCCAAGGGGACCGUUACGCCGAGCCCUCAGCUUUGCCCGUUCAAGAAUGACAGACCACUGUUGGACUGCGCAGUUAUUUACAAAACAUUUGGGGGAGAGAUUGAAUAUGACCCCAAACCGUACAUUGACUGUUUCCAAAAACCAAAACUAACAGAGGCUGUGAAGUCAGCAAGACUCGAGCAUUUUCGCAAGAUGAGCUUACCCAGCGGAACCCAUACCCUCUUAAGCGUAAUCCAGCAUCAUACUGAUAAGAGAAGAAUGACAGAAUAGAUUAUAUAUAUUACCGAUCGAGUAGAUUACAUCUACAACCCUGGACACCCUGGGAUUAUUACUAGCUCCUUCAAAACUACCAGAAUGUUUUUAGGUUUGGUACAUUCUGAUUACAUACUCAGAUUUUACUGAAUGUUCAUGUACUUUAUAUAGUGCACUAGCCUAUUUAGAAUCUCAGCAACACUGAAAUCAUUACAAACAUGAAUGGCAUCUGUUUGCUUCACGUGGAACUGCCAUAUUGAUUUCAUGCUUCACUUUGCCCAUUCAAACAUAAGAAAAUCAUUACAAGACUUGGAAGACAACUGAGAAUCAAGCUACUGACUACUAUUUUUGUGAGACAUUAUUUCUAAAUACCCCGCAUUUGGUUGCUGUCAAGUAAUAAAAUGUACAUGACAUAUACAACA